AGUCGGAUAAGAAUUGUUUAUGUCUUGGUGUAUGUAAAGCGAACGACUCACUUUUGAUAUUAAAAUGUCUUCUUCUAAGUCGGUGUUAAAGAUCCCAUCCCAGACCCCACUGGCGCUCUCCCCCACCCCCGCCCCCGCCCCACCCGCCAUAGUACUGUCAGGGCUUGGGGAGAAGCAGAUCCUGCUGGAGCUCUUUGAUGCCAUCAGCGAGGGCAAGACGGAAGUGGUCAAGGCCAUCAUGACCUACCUGGACAAACCGGAGGACUUACUCAAGCUCAAGGAUCUACAAGGAUUAACUCCCUUGAGGAAAGCCGUCGCACUUAACAAGCCUGAGAUCGCCAGGAUCCUCGUCUCGUAUGGAGCUGAACCCAGUGUCGUGGACCCUGCAGGUCGGACCCCCCUCCAUAUUGCUGUCAUACAGGGCAGACGUGACCUCAUUGCCCCACUGCUCGUAUCAAAGGACAGUUCGGUCAACGUCCAGGACUCGCACGGCUGGACACCGCUUCACUUUGCUGUCCGGGGGAAGCAUGUCAAGGUCGUCAACUGGCUGCUCUACGCUGGGGCGGAUGUUCAUCUCAAGAACAAGGACGACAAAACGCCCCUGGAUCUAUGUGACGACGACAGUCCAAUCCGACAGAUGCUGGAGGCUUAUGAUCACGCUCUGGACGACGGACCUAUCGACUUGUGUAGUUCGUUUAUCGGCCGCAAACAGUUGAAUCAGAUCGGCCCAGACGGCCUGCUGCUCUUUGUUACCUCGGCACUCUGGUCAGAGAGGAUGCAGUUUAUAUUCAGUAUUCGAAUACGUCCGUACCGAGCCGAUCCCCCGAUACCACUGCAGCAGGAUGAGCAAUACUUCAGUGACGUCUGGCACUACAGAAUGAUGCGCAGGCUCCACCCCCGGGAGACUCGGGUCAAGGCCUACUUCCGGCUGUUUGAAGAGUUGACCACUCACGAAGUCGUCCUGAAGAUCACAUCCAAGGCUAAAUAUAUAGGAGAGGUACCGGUACGGCUCAGCAAGUACAAGCAAUUUAACUACACCAGCUACCUGGUGUUCACGGAGAUUGACCUCAAGGACGAAGGUCAGUUUGUGAUGAUCAAGCGCCCCAAGUCCUACAUGCUCAUCAAAGGCUUUGACGGCGUCUAUUCGUGUCGCGCCCAUCCCAUGUUUAAAAUCAACAUCCCGGAAGGGUCAUAUCCCAACCCCCCAGCUGAUUGGGACGCGACCCGGGCUGAGAGAGAGAAGGCGGUGGUGGAUGAAUUAAUGAAGAAAUACAUGAAAGAACCUGAGGACGACAAGGAAGAAAACAAGGUGCUAUCCUGGAAUGACAAAAGUGCCAACGCGGACGUCCCAGAGCACGACGCGAGCAAUGACGAGAACCCAGGGACAGAGGAAGGCACCAAGGACGGGGACGGGGAGAAGGAACAGGGAGAGGCCGGCGAGAACGAAGAAGAGGUUCCAGAGGAGGACUGGCCCGGGGGUAUCAGGCCUGGCACUAUGCUGGAGGGGGACGAACCGGAUGAGUGCACGGACUUUUAUUACAUCAGCCGUGGCUGGGGACUGCACUUAAGGACGAUCCCUGCCUACCCCCUCCCCGCGCUGAUUGACAAGACCAGCUAUGAGAAGAACAUCAUCCGCUGCACCACCAUGUUCUACAGUUUCAGCCACACCUCCGGUCUGAACCCAACCCAACCCUUCACCGUGCAGAUCCCCAAAACCAGCGCCUUCCACAAGGUGGGGACUGUCCUCGUUUUCUACAGGGCUGAGCUCGGUCAGGGCGAGAUGGAGUCGCCAGACCCAGAUGAUCUACCAGAGGAACAUUUUCUUUCUCAGGACGGCAAGAACACGUGGGGAAUCUUCUGGAUCAACAAGGAACGUGACAGGUGGAGGCUACUGCCUUCUGGGAUAGUCAACAAGGAGAAGAGGGUUGUCUUCCAAACCAAGUUGGCAACCUCGUUUAUCACGGUCCAGUUGACCCAGGGUUCCGAGAAAUGGGAGCGGGAAGAGCCAGAGUCCAGCAGCUCUGAUGAGGAGGAGACGGUGGUUGAAGGAGAGGGCGGGGAGGAGCCCGGGGAGAGGUCACCCGAGGCAGAGAAAGAAGAGAAACCCCCCUCAGCCCCCGAGGAGAAACCUCAAAAGAAAAAGAAGAAAGCGAUUUACAUCGCGCUAGACACCGAUAAGGAGGACGAUUUCUCAAGCGCCUCCGAAUCUGAGGAGGAAGCGGCCCCGGGCUCGGUACCUGAGAUUGUUGGCCCUGAGGCAGGAGAACAGGAGCAGACGUCAGCAGAAGGCGGGGAGGCAGCGACCACGGAGGAAGGGGAGGCGGAGGGGGAGACGGCCAACGCGGAGUCUCUGCUUGCGGCUAGUCCGAAACCCAUCCCAUCCAAACCUGCAUCCAACCCUUCUAUGACUAAAGCUGACGUCAGACUCAGUCGAGAUAAUAAUGCUGACAAGAGCAACAACCGCAACAAGAGCAACAACCGCAACAAAAGCAACAACCGCAACAGCAGAUUCAGCUACGCCAGGCCCGUGGGGGGAGACGACAGCGAUGAUGAGGACAUGGACAAGCUGAGGCCUGAACAGAGGACGGUUAUAAAGGGACUCAGCCCUCUAGCCAGCAGUUUCUUCACCCUAGCUGGUAUCGAGGAAAAGAAGAAAAAAGAAAAGCUGCUGAGUCAGACGACGUCGGCGUCUAAGGAGUCGGCAGAAGGGGAGGCCACCGUCGCAGAGGAGACACAGGAAGCAGGGGAGGAUGAGGAGGGAACUGGAGAACCAGAGGAGGUCGAGAGUGAUGAGGAGAUACCCAUACAGAAAGAGCGCACUUACUCCAUUGGUGUUGUAGAGAAUGGCAUUACACGGUUGGAAGAGCUGACCUACGGCCCGCCACUGACCAACUGUGGGUUAAGUGAAUCGGACCUAACAUUCCUGUCUACUGAAAUCGCUUACCUGUGGCGAUACAGAAACCACUGUGAGUGUGUGACCGCUGUCUUCACGCGUGCGAGGGACAACGUCUACGAUCUGGUCAUUGAGAUGGUCAAGUCGUGUGAGCUGUACGUGCGAGCAGAGCACUGGUGGGGUGAGGGCUAUCGCAUGGUGGCACAGACCACCUCCUUCCCUGUCAAGUCGGGAAGGUUCUUCGCCUUCGCCAUAGAGGGCUCCAUGGUCAUCGAUUCUCCGGAGCUGGUUCCAGACUCAGGAAACGUUUACACCCGCACCCUGUAUUACUACCUGAGUACAGUCACCUGCCUGGAGUAUGUCGUGCGGAAACCCAGUCUCAAGGACGAGGAUAUCAAGGGCGGAGGUAUGUCGUCCGCGGCGGCGGCCAAGAAAGGAGGGAAGAAAAAAGAGGAGAUCAAGUCAGAGGCGGAGCCUGACUUUAACCUCGAGAUCACAGCCUACUGUCAGGGGACCCACACCCACGGGGUGGACAUCGCCACCAUGGCCAUCUUUCUCAACGGCCCUGACCUUUGGUUCAAGAGACACGUGGAGCUGCGUCACUCGGAUAAUGUGCUGCUGCUACAGUUGGUGAAGUGCAUGAAGAAAGAGAAAGCCUUCAAGCAGAUCUGGUGGAGGAUGGUCAUCCUCCUGGGCUACCCGGAGAAGGAGAUAGAGACGGAGAAAGGCAAAACGAAAUGGUCAGCCAUAAUCGUAACGAUUUUGAAGCGCUGCUUCGAGGACAACCUGAACGUCCAGGACCGUGGCAUCCUGCGACUCAUCUCCAUCCUGGAGAUUAUGGGACUGGACAAGACGAUCGAUCGUCUGCUCUUCACCAUGAGAUCCUACAAGGGGACGCUACUCGUGUCCAAACAGGCACCGCGUUAUCUGAAGCUCAUGUAUCACUGGAUCCUCAACACCAAGAUCACACGCAACAGUUUACUCAGGAUGGUUGACACCCAGAUCCUCAAGCCGGUGUCCGACAUGUUCCUCCUGAGACUGUCAGAGCUCCUGGACCCAGAGCUUCUCUACAAGAUCGGCUCCUUCAUGGAUGUCGAGGAUAACGUCAUCCAUGCCAUCCACGGGGAGGAAAUCAUCAAAGAUCCAAUCUACUUGCCAUUUAGGAUCCUCAUCAAGAGCCGACAGAAGAAAGAUGAGAUCAUCCACUACACACUCCUGCUGAUGGACAUGACGACAAAUUGUCAGCUCUUUGAGGCCAGAAACUUUGUCAUCACAGAGACAAGGAAAUGGAUGGCGACAGUGGCUGAUACAGAGCCGGACAUUUGCGCCAAACUGGACAACUUGUUUACGUAAACAGCCGGCACUCUCGGCAUCGCUGUCCAGCUCCAGUUGGACAGGCAACAGCUUAGUGUCUCGCUGUUGGACAGCAACAUGUGACAGCAUGUGUCUUGAAGACGUAGCCCUAAUGAUGACCCUAGACAAAACUUCACGACAUUUUUCUUGAUUUGGUUCUCCGUGCCUAGAAAAUUAAUUUGUAUUUAUAAUUUUAAAAAGCAUUAUAUAUUC